AUGAGGCUUCUUACCUGGAACGUGAAUGGCCUUCGAUCUCUGGAUCAGUACUAUCCGUGGUGCGAACAUAAGUGUUACAAGACGAUAUUAGAUACUUUGAAUGCCGACAUAAUCUGCUUUCAGGAGACAAAAAUAACGCUCGACCGAUUAGAUUCAUCAUUAGCUCUUAUUCCAGGAUACGAUGCUUAUUUCUCCUUUACAAAGGGCAAGUCUGCAUACUCUGGUGUCGUUACAUACGUAAAGAAUGCGGUGAUUUCUCCUAUUGCUGCCGAAGAGGGCAUUUCAGGCAUAUAUGCCAAGACAGCCUCUGCAAUGAAGGAAUCUGAUGAUACAACACCAGAAGCUGUCAUCGGCUGCAUCCCACCAGGCUAUACAACGGAAGAAUUGCUUGCCAUAGACAGCGAGGGCAGAUGUGUAGUACUAGACUUUAAUCUCUUUACUCUUUUCAAUGUCUACUGUCCGAACGAGUCUAGUCUAGAAAGACGUCCGUUUAAGCUGAAGUUCUAUGAAAUACUGAAAGCGCGCGUCGAGGGACUUUUACAAACAGGCAAACGUGUUAUAGUUGUGGGUGAUAUGAACAUUGAGCAUAAGGAAAUAGACCAUUGUAAUCCAAAGGGCGCAACAAAGGAUAAAGGAUUGAAUGCGUUCGGAGAUCAUCCUGCUCGCAAAUGGUUUGACUCUUUUGUGGUGCCUAAUGGACCGAUGGUCGAUGUGUGCAGAAUGUUUCAUCCUGGUGAGAAGGCCAUGUAUACUUGUUGGUCUACAGUACUUAAUGCGCGACCUGCGAAUUAUGGUGUACGCAUAGAUUACAUAUUAGCGGAUAAGGGUCUCAUGAAAUGGUUCAAAUCUUGCAACAUUGACCCCAGUAUCAUGGGUUCGGAUCAUUGUCCGGUCGUAGCAGAGUUAUAUGAUGAAAUACAUGAUAAACAAAAACACGUGUUGCUGGAUGAAAUUAAUCUGAAAGGAAAGGCUAGGGCGGAAACGCCUAGACUUUGCGCCAAGUAUAUGGCAAAGUUUGCAGGAAAACAGCAAACUUUGCAAAGUUUUUUCACUUCAGCAACUCAAAACAAAGCAACGCUAGGGUUGGGGAAAUCGGCAACGGAAGGAUCAAGUGCGAAUUCAUGCGAACGUAGUUAUGACGCAAAGAUAGAUACAGAUGAAAACGCGGAUCAAAAAAAGGACACUUUAUCUGUUGAGAAAGCAACCGCAAAGAGACCAAGAAAACAAGUAUCAAAGCCGGUUCAAAAAAAACUCAGUAUUUCAAAAGAACAAAUAUCGCCUCCCUGUAGCCAGACGUCAAUAGCCAACUUUUUUAAAUCUGCAGCCACAACAAGAGAAAGUGCGGAAGAGAAAAUCAUAUCAACAACCGAGGAGACAUUGAGCCAAUGCUCAUCUCCCCAGGAAGUAUCUCAGUCGACCAGUUUGGGUAGUCAAGAUGCGCCAAUUGACCUGGAUCCUUUGGAGAUAUCCGAUAAAGAUACAAAAGUAACCGGUAAUAAGAAUAUAGAAGUGACAAAUAAAUGGAAUGCUCUGUUCACGCCCAAACCAAUACCCAACUGCAAUGUCCAUGGUGAACCAUGCAAACAAUUCAAAGUAAACAAGACUGGACCUAAUCGUGGAAGAUUAUUUUACUUAUGCUCUAGACCUGUCGGAUCGACGCCUGAAAGUCGAUGUAAUUUCUUCGAAUGGGCUAAUGCAGCCACGUCUUCGUCCUCCUCUUUAUCAGCAGGUAAACGAGUAGCCGGGGCAAGUUCGAAUAUAAAGGAAAAGAAAUCACGAACGGUUUAG